AUGGUGGGCGCCUGCGACGCGUCCAACCUGGGAUCUGCCAGCCUGCACGGCUGGUGCCACGAUGGCCCGCACGGGCCUCAGCCGCCUUUGCCGGCGCCCGCGGCAGCAAAUCAUGCGUUGACAGCGCCCGCGGCUGGCGAGGCGGCGCGGCCCGACGGCCCCACGGCGGCGGUGUCCGAGCGCGGCGCGGACGGUGCGGAGAAAAACGCGGCAGGGGGCGGCGAGGCGCUGGCGGCGCUGCUGGGGGACUUCGAGGGCAGCAGGCUGGUUGAUCUGGAUGGUAUUGCAGAGGUGCUGGGCGGCGACUCGCGCCCCGGGGCGCCGGCAGAGGGCGGCGACAGCCGCCACAAGCGGGAGCGGCGAGUAAAGGCGGAAGCGGCCCCGCAUCACCAACAGCAGCAGGCCAUUGGAGCGCAGCUGCCAAGCGCGGGCGGCGGCGGCGCCAGCAGCGGGUGCGUCGACCUGCGCGGUUUGCUGCAGCAGGCUCGAGACUCGGUCGAGGCGCCUUGGCGGGUCACGCAGCAGCAGCCGCAGGUGCCACUGCCGCAGCCCGCCGCGCCGCAGCAGCCGCAGCCGCAGCCGCAGCAGCCGGCGUCGGCUGCGCCGGCGGUGCCGCCGGCGGCCCUCAAGCAGCAGGAGGAGUUCCUAAUCAGCCUGCUGAUGCAGCAGCAGGCGCUGCAGCGGCAGGCAGCGAGGCAGACGGCGAGCGGCCUGACGCCGGCGCUCGCGGGCUUGCAGGUGCAGCAGGGCCCCGGCGGCAGCGGCGGCGACGCGCGGCCGAAGAAGCGGCGGCACCGCAGGACGCGCGGCGUGGCGCACGGCGCGGGCCAGGCUGGCGGGGCAGACUGCGGCAGCGCAGCGGCGGCGUUGAUGGCGACACCCGCCAGUGUGGCGCAUUGUGCAGGCGUAGGUGUGGCCCCUAUGAGCACCAGUGCAACUGGUGACGUGGCGAGCGCUGCGCUUUUUGCCACGCCGGCGGCAAUGGUCUUUCCGGUGCUCCGAGGGCAGCAGCUUCCGAGCCCGCCCCCCUGGCAACUGGAGGCCCUCGCGCCGGCCACCUCCCCCAGCGACGCCGCGGCGGACGGCGGCCCGCACAGCCACAAACGGGCCGCCGCGUUCUGCGGCGCCGGGGCGGCGGGCGGGACGCAAGCGGGCGGCGGCUCGGCGCAGAAGCGGCGGCGGUGGCAGGAUGGCGGCGAAGUCUAUGAGGACGACGAGCCGAUGCUUUGCACGGAUGAGAAUGAUGAGGACUGCCGCUGCUGGGGCGGCGACGGCGACGACGACGGCCCGGAUUCGGCGCCCGCCGCGCGCCGCAGCGCGCGCAUCGCCGCGGGCAAGGGCCCCGGCCCGCGCGGCCGCGGGGUGUGGACGGGCGCCGCCGCUCGGCCGGGGCUGGCCGUCGCUUCCAUCGGCCUGCUGCCGCCAGAGACGAUGGCGCGCCGCAUCCUGUCCGACGCGUUCCCUGCCGGCCCCUUCACCCGCGGCGACCUGGAGCGGCUCGGCUGGCAGCCGGCCACCGCGGGCUGCGGCAGCGCCGCGGCGGGGGCGGCCGCAGAUCAGGAGGAUACGGGCUGCGGCGGCGGCGGCGGGGGCGGGGACGUGGGGAACGGCUGCACGCCGCCGGGGACGCCGCCGGGCGGCCUGCGGCUGACGGGCCCGUCCGUAGAGGCGCUGCUAGCAGGGGACGCGCCCAGCCCCUUUGUUACGCCAGGCAAGCUAUUUGGCCCGCUCGAGCCUGGCCGCGGCGAAGUCGCCUCGCUGGUCCCUGCAGCAGAGUGCGACACGCUGCUGGGCCCCGCGGGUUUCUCCCCCUCCUCCAUGCUCGGCGGCAGCCGCUUCGAGUCCCUGCUCGCGUCGCUGCCCGCAGCGUCGCAGCAGACCGGCGCGGCGGCGCCCACCGCGCAGCAGCAGGCCGGCGGCGCUGGCGACGGCGUUCGCGCGGCCGACCAGCCGACCGACUUUCGGCGGCUGUAUGAUCUGCUCGCGAGGGACGGCACCAACAGCAACCCCGGCCAGGAGGGGCCGCCGGCCGCGGCGCCCACCCUGAUGCCGCCGCCGGCGGACCGGCCUCUGGCGGCGGCCGUGCCUGGGCUGGCGAGCAGACAGGGGCCCCAGCUUGAGGGGGUACAGCCCUGCAACCACCGGAACCCACACCAGCAGCAGCAGCAGCAGGGGGCUGGCGAGUUUUCAUCGCUGGUGAACCUGGACAUUGGGGAUGCGGCAGUCGCCAUCGAGGCGGCCGGAGGGGAGGACGCUGACGUGUCGUUCCUCCUGGGCGGGAUCCACAGCCGCAGCUGGCUGCUGUCGCCCGCCAAAGGGGCGCCGGCCGCUGCAGGGGCAGCCGCGGCGGCGGCGGCGGCGGCGGCGGGGUUGGGGGGAGGGGCAGGUGCUGGGUUGGGCGCCAUGCGGGUGCCCAGCGGGGGUUUUGACGCGUCGCGGCCGUUUGCCGCGCUCUUUGGCGGCCGGUGA